UGUUCUCGUUAUUAACAUUUUACUACUGUUCAUUGAUCAUGUCUCAUAGUAUUUGGGCCGAGGUAAUUACUCCAGAAGAACGAUGCAGAGUAGACAUCGAUGGCGUUCUCUGCCUGUCAAUGGCAACACUUAUGCCACAUGCCAAAAAAGGGCGCACUACUCUUUUACUAGAGGUUAAUGGACUAGAGUACGCGAUCUGCUCACUGAUUGCUGACAAUGUUGAGAACCAACCUUUACGCAUCUUUCUUACUGAAGAAGACGAAGCAACCAUAAGAGUUUCCGGUGCCAAUUCCAUUUCAUUGACGGGCACAGUAGAGCGUGAUGAAGAUUUUACACCCGAGGAGGACGAAGACGCAGAUAGCCACGGAUCGCUUCAAUUCCGUGAUCCUUCUGAUAAUACUUUCUUGGGUGGAUUUGAACUGAGACAUUUUGGGUUAGCCCAGCAAAACUCUAUGUUUGACAAAGUUGAUUUACGAAAAGAAGAGACUUCUUUAGAAGAAGGCGCACUCAAUGAUCGAAUUGUUAUUGGACUUAUCAACAGUAUGAAGAACAGUGGCGACAAAGCAAAGAUCAAAAUGGCAAAGACCUUACGUAGUAAAUUGAACCAAAGUAUAGCUGAACGCAAUACCAAACAAAAGUCAUUAAAGUAGCAACGCUUUAUUGGACCGUAAUGAACCACAUACAAG